AUAGCAAAGAAAAAGUCAAUAAAAAAAAAAUGAAACAAAGUUAGAUUACAGGAAUUAUUGGGAUGGCCCACACAGUUCAUAAACUUUGAUUGAAUAUGUCGGGUGCAUUGCAUCUUCAUUUCAUUUGGUUCAAAUUCCACAGAGAGAAAUUUUCCUGUUACACUCACUUAUUGUGAUUCUGCAAUAUAAACAGAAAUCAUGGAGUGGCUGAUCCGGACAAGGUAUAAAGCUUGUGUGGAUCAUGCGGAAUACAUGUUGAAAAUACUACUUGAUGAUCGCAAUCUAUCCCGAUGUCCUACCCGUUUGAAGAACACCAUCCGGGCUAGGAAUUUCGAAUUGAGAUGCAUCCAAAUGUUCUUUUGGGGUUUGGGUUUCCCAAAAGAACUCUUUGAAGAUCAUGAAUUGAUGUUGCGUUUCACUUUUAUGGCUCAAGAACUAAGGCGGACGACAAAGGCGAUUCAAAUACAAUUUCAAUCUGCUUUAGGAGGAGGGAACAGUACUGUUUGGGAGGCAUUCAAUCUUUUACAGAGUGCGAUUCGGAGUUACAAGUCAAGAAUCAGAGAGAUGUGCUUUCUUUUACUAGCCGGUGAUGGGGCAUUCAAAUGCGAGUUCUCUUCUUUCCAGUUGGUGGUUUCCUCUCAUGAAUAUGGAGAUGAGACAGUUGAUUUCAUGAGUUUGAUCAAAAGGAAUCUUGGCGUACUUGUCCCAUAUCUUCCUCAUCCGGUUACUCGGCAACAAUUUGUCCUUCUUCGACGGAAGCUCAAGCUGUUCAGAAGGUUUGUUUCGAUUCUUGCGCUGUGGCGACAUAGAUCCAGGGGAACAGACGAACUCAUGUAUCACAUCCAGGCUUGGGCGAGUCACAUCUCGUGUCUCGCGUGCUUGUACUGGAUUGAUGGAAUGGAUCACGAGAGUCUUGGAUCUGCUCUGUCAGGUACGCUCUCUGAGUUGAUGCAGAAGGUUGUUCCUUACAAUCCAGGAAACAUAGUGUUGUUCCUUGAUGUGUUUAAGGCUGCCAAGUAUCACAGGCUUCAAGGUACAAAGCUUCCUUCACUCCUUGCGGAUUUUGUUGAUUUUCUUCUUGAAAAUUAUGUGAAUGAUGAUGUUGAAACUCUUCGCGAGGGGUUGACUUUCUUGUUUUCGUUUGUCAUGGAUUCGCCAAAUGAGGGUUCUGCGGAAACUCAGUUGAUAUUGGCUGAAAUUUAUGCCGUCGUCGAGGAAUUGCCACCCACAGUGUGCAUUCUCGAGUCUAGUAUGUUAUCUAGUUUCCUCCAUAAGAUUGAGAGAAUUCUGACUAACGCACGAGAGUCGUUUGAUGUUAGUACUCUGUCAUCACAGUUCCAUUCUCCCAAGACUAAUUAUAAUGAAAAAGGAUUUCUUGAUUCCCUCUUAGAAACAAUGCAAAAUAUGCUUAGAGGGGAUGUGGAUUUUAUUCCUUCAGUAAAGAAUAAGGUUAUUCAAGUCUAUGAGGGGUUAAGUUCACUUAGGCCACUUCUCCAACGUUUACAGAAUGAUGACCCCAGCGGGUUCGAAGGUCUUUGGACUAAAAUUGUCAAUUUGACACACUACACAGCAUAUGUCACAAAGUUGUGUCCAAUCACAAGUUUCUCUGUUUGGUAUGGCAUUGUGUGUCUACCAAACGUCAUCCGAGACAUUAAGCUUGUAAACUAUGAGUUUGAAAAGAUUACAGAUCACAUUCACAUGUACAGCGACAACAGGGUAACUCUUGAUCAAAUGGAUUCUAGUGACAGUAUUGUCUCGCGAGUAACUACCUCAAUACAUGAAGAAAACUUUAUAGGUUUUACAGAGACUGUGGCAUCAAUAGUGGACAACCUUUUAGGAGGCCGGGCCGAUCUCACAAUUAUUUCCAUUUCUGGAAUGCCUGGCCAAGGCAAGACGACUUUAGCAAGACAACUCUGUAAUCAUCUGUCAAUCAAGCAUCAUUUUCAUAAAAUUAAAUGGUGUUUUGUCACUAAAGAAUAUAAAAUAAGGGAAAUGCUUGCCAAUAUGUGGCGGGGAGAUGAUAAUGACCAUGAUUAUAGCAACUUCGAGGUCCACUAUUUAGCUGAUCAGUUGUGGAAAAGUUUGAAAGGGAAAAGAUAUUUCAUUGUUUUGGAUGACAUUUGGGAUGCCGAUGUGUGGUUUCAAGUCAAACAUUCUUUUCCAGAUGAUAAAAAAGGAAGUCGAAUUUUGUUUACUAGUCGAAAUCGUGAUCUUGCUAUACAAUGUAAACAAUAUUCUAUUUCUCAUCAUCUUCGAUUAUUUUCUGAUGAGGAAAGUUUAGAAUUGAUGAAAAAUAAGCUUUCUUUCACGGACGGUUUUCCUACACAACUUGAAGGGGUAGCAAGACAAAUUGCAAGUGAUUGUAAGGGUUUACCUUUGGCAGUCGUCCUAGUUGCCUCUCACCUAAAAACCAAAUCACCGGAAUUGGGUUUGUGGGAAGAAGUAGCGGAAAAUCUGAAAUCCCACCUUGCAGAUGAAGGGUGCAUGGACAUAAUAGAAUUAAGUUACAAACAUCUACCACAUCAUUUGAAACCAUGCUUCCUUUAUUUUGGAAUUUUCCAAAGGGGUCAAAACAUUAAUGCCAAUACUUUGACAUGCCUUUGGAUUGCUGAAGGAUUUAUAAAGAAAAAUGAGGUGCACUCUUCACAAUAUUAUUUGGCUAGAGAGUAUUUGGAAUAUCUUGUUUCUCAAAACUUGAUUAUCGCCACUGGAAGAAGUUCAACAGGGAAAAUAAGAAGUUGUGUUGUUCAUGAUCUAUUGCAUGACUUGUGCUUGCGGAAAGUCAUGGAAGGCAAUCUCUUACACUUGGUAGAUUACAAUACUGUUCUAGAUAAUUCUCAUCAUUCUAGUCCCUUAAAGUAUAAGUAUCAUCAUCAUUGGCUUUGCAUGCGAGACAAAGAUCCAGAUUUUACGUACUUAACUUCUAAUUCAAGCAGAAAGGACUUGCCCAUGAGUGAAGUUCACUCUCUAUUGAUGUUGUCUCGUGAUCUUGUACCAGUUCAUCAUAAAUUCUUGUCUCAGUUUCUUAGCUGCUUUGGAGCUCUCACAAUACUGGAAAUGACAUUAUUGCAUCUCAAGUGUGAUGCUAUUCCUGAGGUAAUAUUUUACAAUAUUCAUCUGAGAUACUUGUCAUUGCGCGGUUCUUUUUCUCAUGUUCCAAAGUCAAUAGCUAAUUUGUGGAACUUGGAAACACUCAAGUUGUAUGCUGCUGAAUAUUAUUUGAGGUUGCCAAAAUGUUUUUGGGGGAUAAAAAGUUUACUCUCUGUCCGAAUUAGAAUACUUCUUCUUCAAUCGGAUGAUUUUGGAGAAAAUAUGUCUGCAACAGUAGCAGCAAGUAAGAUCGAGUCACUAAGAGGAAUAACUCUUCGCUAUGAUUGUAAGACAAUUGAGUUUUUAGGAGGCUUAUCAAGUCUUAGGAGGUUGCGUUGUUCCUUUGAUGAAGGUUUUCGACCCGAGUGGUUAUCUAUGUUUGAAUCUCUUGGAAAAUUGGAGAGCUUAUCGAUAGCUAACCGUAUUGAGGUGAAUCCCAAUCAUGGUUGGAGAAAUCUAAACAUAAACUUUCCUACUAAUCUUAAGAAGUUGUCGCUGUGGUAUAUAGGAUUACCUUGGAGUGCCAUGUCAAUGAUUGGAAAGUUACCUCAUCUCGAAACUCUACGACUAUAUUUUAAUGCAUGUAAGGGAACAACCUGGAUUUUGGGAGAUGGUGAGUUUUCAAAACUCAAGUAUUUGAAGGUGUAUCGGAUGAAUGUUAAACAAAUAAUAAAUGACUCUGAUGACUAUGACAAUCCCCCAUUUUCUUGUCUCGAGAAGCUUUUGGUAUAUUAUUGUAAGAGACUUGAGGAAAUUCCUCCAAGUUUGGCAGACAUUUUUACCCUCAACAGUAUUCAUCUAAUUGCUUCUCCAAAGGCCUCAGGAUCAGCAACUGCAAUUGUGGAACAACAACAAGACACGGGAAACUUUGACCUUGAGCUAGUUGUCUUAGAUCAUGAUAUUAACUAUGACAUCUACUAUGAUGAAAAAGAUGAGGUCAAUUACGAGGAAGAGGAGGAGGACGGAGAGGAUCGAGAAGAUGAAGAUGAACACCAUGAUGACGACGAGAACAAUCAAAGUAACGAUGAUGGCAAUGAACGACCACGGAAAAGAAGAUUGGUAAUUGGCAUUUGAUAAUUUGUGUUUUACAUUAUCAUUAUUUUAAGACUAAAAUGUCCAAAUAAUCCUUUACAUUUGGGUCGACUUCAAUUUUUGUCCAUAUUAACAUUAACAUUUGUAGAUAGUACUUCCAAACAUUAUAUUGCUACACUUUUUUAGUCUCAUUUUACUGUUUCGGCAACUUUUCCGUCUAACUGGAUGUUGACCGGUCGUUGAUAUGCCGCCAGCAGGGGUAGUUUGUCUUUUAUUUAAAUUUGAAUUUCCAUUAAAAUUAAAAUUAUUCAAAUAUUAUAAAAUUCAAUUUCUAUUAUUUAAUUGUUACAAUAUUAAUUAUUAAAUCCUUUUUCUAUUCGCCAUUUACCGCCCUUAUCUUCUUCCCCAAUUCGUCGUAGGAAAAAGACUUCUUCCUUCGGAAAUGUCCGACAAAACUCCAAUGACGAAUGAACAGCACUGAAAAUCAAUACCAAAAAGUCUGCAUAUUGGAACGAAAAACUUAAUUUGUUCUUCAUUUAACAAAUUAACUUUCAAGUAUUCUCUUCGCAUUAAAAACAUUCAACAAAUCCAUUAACACGGCCUCGUCAUUUCUGACAUCUCCAGCAAUGAACAAGCUUAAACUCUUCCAAGUUCCCACUCUAAAAUCCAACAGAAUCCGAAUAGCCCACAUCCAUCCUCAAAUCAACCAAAAAAUAUAUAUACAAAAUUGAUGAACAAAUAAACAAUAAAUAAUUUCCCUGUUUUCGGCAGCAGAGCAUUGCUUGGAUCAAAAUUUCUUCAAUUUAUUCUUCAUAUUUACGCAGACGGCAAAUAGGAGUUAUAUCCUCUGCCAUAUCUUAACUUUAAAGAAAUCUGCCUUUCCAUCUUAAGCUGCUUAUAAAAAUUAGCCAUAAACAUCUCAGCUCACUUAUCAAUAUCUCCUACGCCCUCAAAAUUAGCAAUAAACUCAAAAUCCCCAUCCUCCUCCGCCCUUUUCCUCCCUUCAAAAGUCCCAAAAUAGCAUCCUCCUUGGCAUUAUCAAAAUUUCUCUUCUUCCUAAUUGGCCAAUCGGCCGAUUUGGGUUUCUUUGGAGGUUCAAUUGCGUUUUUCCUACGCCAAAUUGGGGAAGACGAUAAGGGCAAUGGGGUAGCCGUCAAUCAGAUUUUCAGCGGCCCCGAGUUAAAAAAAUUAGGGGUGUAAAUUUGGAUAAAAUUUUGUUUUGUUUUUUCCUUUGUUUUUUUUUUAUAUUUGAAUUUUAAAUUUGUUACUGUAGUGCGGUACAGUUUGAAAGUAACUGUGGGCCCCGGAGUUAAAAGUGAAAGGUAAUUAAUAUUUAUUUUGUCUCAAUGGUAAAUUAUAAAUGGCAAAUAGAAAAAGAAUUUAAUAAAUAAUAUUGUAAGAAUUAAAUAAUAGAAAUUGAAUUUUAUAACGUUUUAAUAAUUUUAAUUUCAAUAGAAAUUCAAAUUUAAAUAAAAAGACAAAACUACCUCUACUGGCGGCAUGUCAACGAGCGGUCAACAUUCAGUUGGACGGAAAAGUUACCAGAAAGUGAAAUGGGACUAAAAAAGUGUAGCAAUAUAAUUUUUGGGACUACUAUCUAUAAAUAUUAAUGUU